AUGAAUCUUCGAGAUUGGGGACCGAAGCUUGAUGUUGUUGGUUUUUGUUUUCUUGACCUUGCUUCAAAUUAUGAACCCCCAGAUUCACUUGCGGAGUGGCUUGAAGCUGGUGAACAGCCUGUCUAUAUUGGAUUUGAUAGCCUUCCUCUUGAAGAACCAGAGAAAAUGACCAAUAUUAUUCUUCAAGCUCUGGAAAUAACUGGACAGAGAGGCAUCAUCAACCGAGGCUGGGGUGGCCUUGUGGCAGAACCGAGUGAUUCUGUGUAUUUAGUGGACAACUGCCCCCAUGAUUGGCUAUUCCAACGAUGCUCUGCUCUGGUGCAUCAUGGGGGUGUUGGGACAACUGCUGCUGGUCUGAAAGCUGCGUGUCCAACCACAAUUGUACCAUUCUUUGGGGACCAGCCAUUUUGGGGGGAGAGGGUGCAUGCCAGAGGAGUAGGUCCUGCACCCAUUCCAACUGAUGAAUUCUCGCUUGAAAAGUUGGUCGAUGCCAUACGCUUCAUGUUAGAUCCAAAGCUAUUUACCAUUUUCUUUUUAAACUUCCAAGUGAUUUACAUAUAA